AUGCUCUAUUGGAUUUUGGCUAACUUGCAAUCCCUCACAGUCUAUGUUAAGGGUCGCCACCUUUCCUACCAGAGGGGCAAGCGCAACACCAACCCCAACACCAGCUUGAUCAAGAUCGAGGGCGUCGACAACACCCAGGAUGCCACUUUCUACGCGGGCAAGAGGGUCGCGUUCGUCUACCGCGCCUCGAGGGAGGUCCGUGGCUCCAAGAUCAGGGUGAUCUGGGGCAAGGUCACCAGGCCUCACGGCAACUCCGGCGUUGUCCGUGCCCAGUUCAGGCACAACCUCCCCCCCAAGUCCUUCGGCGCUUCCGUCCGCAUCAUGCUGUACCCUUCUUCGAUAUAA